AUGACGACAAUUAGUCAAUGGCCAACUGCCGAUCCAGGCCCAUACGCUCGACAGACCAUCAAAUUUCGAGCAAAAGCUGACGAGGUCGCACGCGACGCUACCAGUGGACAUUGUAUUAGAGAGGGACAAUCUGUCCGGUCUCGACUCUCUGAGCUUUGGAUUGCACAUGCAGUACUUCCGGAUCCAAAUGUUGCUGCAUUCACUUCCCAACUCAAAGUACAGAAAGCGCAAUUGCGCAAACAAGGACGGAGCGAUACUCGGCCACCUGUUCUGAAGGGCUGGACGCAUGAAGCCUCACGUCGACUUGUCCACGAUAAUGCCGUGGAAAUUGCGCGUCUGGGUAUCACUUAUAUUAGGACAUUCGCCGUCCAAAACACCGCCACCGUUAUGCUGGACAAUUCAUACGUGGCCGCAGCAACCUUAGUUGCCGAAGCUCUCAGAUCAGACCGUGCGGCCGUGGACCCAACCGAUGCUGAGUGGUUGCGACUGCUGGACGAAAUCCUGAAAUCUCUACAGGUCUAUUUCUCCAUCGCCAUUCGCAUGAGGAGUAACCCUGGCUCGGCUGAUUAG